AGCUUCAGCGCUUUAGUAUACAGCUAAAUUAACCCAGUUUGUGCUUACUUAGAGUGUUAGCGUCGAUUUUAUAGCAAUAUUAGCAUGUAGGUGAGGUGUUCUGCUGGUAUAGUGAUAAUUCCGAUUCCUCGCCCACCCAGUCACUGUUAGCAGAGUGAUGCUAGCUGCGUGAAACCGUGGGAGGCUCUGGGACGGUUCAGAGGAAAAAAGUGGAGGCCUUUGUGCUAACGUUAGCUGUAAGCCGCAUUAUUGCUGGUCGUAGCUUGAUUAUAGACACAGUUAGUCCUCAUUGUUGGCAGCUAGGGCCCCCUAAAUGCAUUAGUUUAACUAUUAACUCCAUUGGGGGCCUUUACUUUAUUAUUUUUUGUCUUGUGUUGCGACUGUCGCCGAAGGGAAAUGGAUUCGGAGGAGUUUAUUCCUCCUCCGGAGUGUCCAGUUUUUGAACCGUCAUGGGAGGAGUUUCAGGAUCCUUUGGGCUACAUCGCCAAGAUACGGCCAAUUGCAGAGAAGUCUGGGAUUUGCAAGAUCCGACCUCCACCAGAGUGGCAGCCUCCAUUUUCAGUAGAACUCGACAGCUUUCACUUCACUCCCCGUGUCCAGAGGCUCAAUGAGUUGGAGGCUGAAACCAGAGUGAAACUCAACUAUUUGGACCGAAUUGCCAGAUUUUGGGAGAUUCAAGGAUCUUCCUUAAAAAUCCCUCAUAUUGAAAGGCGCAUCCUUGAUCUGUUCAGCCUGUCAAAAAUCGUGACGGAUGAAGGGGGCUUUGAGAUGGUCUGUAAGGAGCGGCGCUGGGCUCGAAUCGCCCAAAGGCUUGGUUACCCGCCAGGCAAGAACAUCGGCUCCCUGCUGCGCUCGCACUAUGAGAGAAUUAUCUACCCGUUUCAGAUGUUCCAGUCGGGGUCUUGCCUUCUGCCUUGCAAGCCAAAGCACUAUGACGGAGAAGACGUGGACAAGGAGUACAAGCCUCACUCUAUCCCGCUGCGGCAGUCGGUGCAGCCGUCCAAAAUAAGCAGUUAUGGACGCAGAGCAAACCGAUGCCAGCCUGACGGUCCAGAGGAUCUGGCCCCCCAUCCUCUCACCACUGGCUCUCAGCUCAUCUCUGCGCCGGAACCGACUGAGGAGGACAUUGAGAAGAACCCAGAACUGAAGAAGUUGCAGAUCUAUGGCGCAGGGCCAAAGAUGAUGGGACUUGGACUCGUGGCAAGAGACAAAAGCAUCAGAAAGAAAGACGAACUUCCUCAAACGCUUACCAUCAAAGACAACGCCUCCCCUCCAGCCGCAGAAAACCCAGUCAAGUCUGAACCACUGGAGCCCGAGCUGGGACAAAACGACGGGAGCGCGCACAACGCCCAACCGCCGCCCCCUACUGUCAUAGUGAAGAAAGAGGAGAUAAAGGAGGAGGAGGACAAAAAGAGUGACGUGAAGGGAGACCACAUGGAAGGACCUUGCACCAAAAUGACCAUGAGGCUUAGACGCAACCCCAACAACCCACAGUGUGUGGAUUCCUACGUGUGUCGGAUGUGUGGACGAGGAGACGACGACGACAAACUGCUCUUGUGUGACGGAUGUGAUGACAACUACCACACUUACUGUCUCCUGCCUCCUCUUGGUGAUCCUCCUAAAAGUAACUGGAAAUGUCCCAAGUGUGUGGCAGAAGAGUGCAAGAAACCGACGGAAGCGUUCGGCUUUGAACAGGCGACGAGGGAGUACACUCUGCAGAGCUUUGGAGAGAUGGCGGAUUCCUUCAAAGCUGACUACUUCAACAUGCCGGUCCAUAUGGUUCCCACCGAGCUUGUGGAGAGGGAGUUCUGGAGAUUAGUCAGUAGCAUCGAGGAGGAUGUGACUGUGGAGUACGGAGCAGAUAUUCACUCCAAAGAGUUUGGCAGCGGCUUCCCCAUGAACAAUGGGAAGAAGGUCCUCACAGAGGAAGAAGAGGAAUAUGCACGCUGCGGUUGGAACCUCAACGUGAUGCCUGUACUGGAGCAGUCUCUACUGUGCCAUAUCAAUGGAGACAUCUCUGGGAUGAAGGUCCCAUGGCUUUAUGUGGGCAUGGUCUUCUCAGCCUUCUGCUGGCACAUAGAGGAUCACUGGAGCUACUCUAUUAACUACCUGCACUGGGGUGAACCCAAGACUUGGUAUGGUGUUCCCUCUGUAGCAGCGGAGAGACUUGAGGAGGUCAUGAAGAAGCUGACGCCAGAGCUGUUUGAGUUCCAGCCUGACCUCCUGCAUCAACUCGUCACCAUCAUGAAUCCCAACAUUCUGAUGGCUCACGGAGUACCGGUUGUUCGCACCAACCAGUGUGCUGGAGAGUUCGUCAUCACCUUCCCCAGAGCCUACCACAGUGGCUUCAAUCAGGGAUAUAACUUUGCUGAAGCAGUGAACUUCUGCACUGCAGACUGGCUCCCUGCUGGCCGUUCCUGUAUCGAGCACUACCGCCGCCUCAGGAGGUAUUGUGUUUUCUCUCACGAGGAGCUAACCUGCAAAAUGGCCGCCAGCCCUGAGAAACUCGACCUGAACCUGGCUGCAGCCACACAUCGGGAGAUGUUUAUCAUUGUUCAAGAGGAGAGGAAGCUUCGCAAGAAUCUGAUGGAAAGGGGCAUAACAGAGGCAGAGCGGGAGGCUUUUGAGCUGCUGCCUGACGAUGAGAGACAGUGUGAUAAAUGUAAGACCACAUGCUUCCUCUCGGCUCUGGCCUGCUCCAACUGUCCCGAGCAUCUCGUGUGUCUCUACCACACUCAGGACUUGUGCAACUGCCCCACUGAAAAACUCUACCUCAGGUACAGAUACACUCUGGAUGAGCUGUUGGCCAUGUUGCAUCGGUUAAAAGUCAGGUCAGAGUCCUUUGAUUCCUGGGCCAACAGAGUUAAAGAGGCUCUUGAACAGGAGGAUGGAAACAAGAUCGACAUUGAAGACCUGGACAAGCUGAAGCUGGAGGCAGCAGAGAAGAAGUUCCCUGACAACGAACUCCUCAGGAAGCUAAACACUGUUUUUAAAGACAUAGGAAGCUGUCGACAGAAAAGUGCUGAGCUCCUCAGCGGUUUAAGCACCAGUGAAAGGAAGAUGACGUUUGCAGAGCUGAAGUCUUUGGUGGAAACGAUGCAGAACCUGCCCUGUGUGAUGAACCAGUUAGAAGAAGUGCAGGCGGUUCUGCAGACGGUGGAGGACUACCAGAAACGAGCACAAGUGCUGCUUAAUGACAAAGACUGGAGGAAGGAUUCUCCUCCAGCUGAGCAGCUGCAGACUUUACUGAACGAAGGAAGCAACCUUCCGGUGGUGGUGCCAGAGUGCGAGUUGCUUCAGGGCCUGAAGGAGCAAGGCCACUGGCUGGCGGAGGUGCGGCACACCCUCGGCACAGAAGGAGGGGAGAGGCAGGAAGUGACGUUGGAGGUGCUGAGGAGCCUCAUGGAGGCGGGCUGCAACGUACCCCAGAGCGUGUCCGUGGAGACGGCCAUGGCGGAGCUUCAGGAGUUGCUGACAAUAGCUGAGCGGUGGGAGGAGAAAGCACAAAUCUGCCUCGAGCAAAGGCAGAAGCAUCCUCUCUCCACCCUGGAGGCAAUAGUAAACGAGGCUCAGCUCAUUCCAGUCACCCUCCCCAACAUCCUGGCUCUGCAGAGCUGCCUGACGCGCGCUCGGGCCUGGGUUACAGACCUGGAGGAGAUCCAGAACGGAGAGCAUUACCCGUGUCUGGACGAUCUGGAGGGGCUGGUAGCCAUCGGCCGGGACCUGCCAGUCUUCAUGGAGGAGUUGAGGCAGCUGGAGCUGCAGGUGGCCAGCGCACACUCCUGGAGAGACAAGGCCACCAAGACCUUCCUGAAGAAGAGCAGUCCACACUCUCUGCUCGAGGUGUUAUGUCCGUGUGCAAAAAGGAGGGAGAAUCGGAAUGAAGCGGAGUCGUCGGAUGAUCCCCUGGAAGACUCUGAUACCAACACUCUGGGGCUGUCCGCUCAGGCUUUGAGGGAUCCUGCAGCUAUAGUGAUGGCUUUCAAAGAAGGCGAGCACCAAGAGAAGGAGGCCCUGCUGAGGUUACAGAAAGCAAACCUGUGCAAAUCUGGACUAAUCACCUCAACGAGGGACAACAAGCGGUGGAGUGAAGCCGAUGAGACGUCUGUCCUCUCCGAGACCCUCGCCAAACAGAACGGCGACUGUAACCAGAGCCGUCCUCAGACUGUGUGUGUGUGCGCCGGCCCGCCCCGCGCUCCUCAGCUCCGCUGCCAUCUCUGCAAGGAGUGGUUCCACGGCGGCUGCGUUCCCUUUCCCUCCCUGCUGCCCUCUGAACCGUCAGCCAACCCCCUUUGCUGGUGGGACUGGGACACGCGCUUCCUGUGUCCUCAGUGCCAGCGGUCGCGGCGGCCACGCCUAGAGACUAUCCUGGCUCUGCUGGUGGCCCUGCAGCGGUUACCCGUGCGCCUGCCGGAGGGGGAGGCCCUGCAGUGUCUCACGGAGCGAGCCAUCACAUGGCAGGGCCGAGCCAAGGAGGCGCUGGAGGCGCCGGAGGUGCAGCAGGCUCUGGAGAAGCUGCAAGAACUCAGAGAAACGCCGCAGCACAGCGUGAAGAAAGAGGAAGGUGCAGGGAAGGAGCCGGAAAGGGAUUCAGUCAUCGUUUUAUCAGACUCUGAAGGAGGAGAAGGAGAGGAUGGGGUCAUCGAUCUCACUAAAGACAACUCUCCUAUAAAGAAAACAGAAAGCAAUGGUACUCAGGCUGGGUAUGAGAACGGUAUCAACAAGAUGUCAAAUGUUACAGAUGUGGGGUCUCUGUUGCCCCUGCUGCCUGCACUCAAAGGCAAAGUGGUGCAGCUCUCUGCAGCCACCAAGGUGAAGUUGGAGGAGCUGCAGCUGGAAGGAGAUCUUCUGGAGGUUUCCCUGGACCAGACAAACACCAUCCACAGGGUCCUGCAGGCUGCCUCAGAUCCCCCCAGAGACACUCUGCACACGCUCAUUCAGAUCGAGGUUGAGGAGCAGAGGCGGACGAGCCACGGACGAGCCAAGGACUCCAAGAGGAAGAGAAAGGGCAACAGAGGCAGUGGGGAAACAUCAGGAGAGCGCUCGCUGGAUGUCUCCAAGUCUAAGAAGGCGUGUCCUCUCCAACACCCCUCCUCCUCCUCGCCGCAGAUGUGGGUCCAGUGCCAUCCAGAGAUUUUGUGAUGCACUUAAGGCUGGAGUCAGGACAAACUGGAGGGGGCGGAGUUUUUCUGUGCCAGCGGACGGUGUCAAAUACAAAAGAAAACCGAUGCAGGACAUCCCCCAUCCCUCCAUAACUCCCAACAUCCUCAUGGCCUGACACUAAGAGCAGUGUCUCACCUGCUACACUCCAUUAUUAACUCAUCAGUAUCUUAUGAUUUCUCUUACCGUCUUAGCCAAACCUUUUUCUCCUCCCUCCAUGGAUCCUUUACCAAGACUGUUGGACCGCUGAGGAUGUGUCCCUGUUAGUCGUCUCUGGUGGCUCAUGCGUAUUCCCAGCCGUGUUAAAUGCUAGUUGACCUGAAGCCUGUGUGUGGACCGGUGGGCGUGGCUUCACGUCAUCUAAACUCUUAUAAGCUAUGGGUUUCUUUAGACACGUUUGUGGACUUGACUUCUCACACAGGAGGAGGAUGAGGACUCUGACCUGAGACAACAUGGUUACACUUCUUUUUAUUUGUUUUUUUUUUUUUUUUGUAUUAAAUGGUGUUUAGAGCUGUUUCCAGAGGACAUGCAUUUUCAGUAAAAACCCAGUAAAGUUUGGGAAGUGUUAAAGAAAAACAGGCAUUGAUGUUUUUGGUGCUACUUUCCCAAAAUCAUCUGUAUUUCUCCGCCUCAUAUCCUCCCCUCAUUUCCAUCCUUUUGACUCCUCUUUGCAUAUUAAAGUAUCUUCACUGUAACUCACUUUCAAUUCUUUUUGUUUACUGGUUUAAAGGAUUAUAUUAUUAUUAUUAUUAUUGUUGAUACUACAGACACACAGUUGUCGUGAGUUUCUGUAUAAACUUUCAUUUUUUGCUGUUGCCUUUUGUUUCUUUUCACUCUUGUUAGGCAAAAUAAAAGUUUAGAAUUGUUUAGGA